GAAUUCAAGCGUUCGAUUCGCGGCAAAUCCGCCACUGCCAUCGCCCAGGCGCUCAUCUCCGAAUCGGAGCGCAACAUCAAGAGCGCCAAGCGCGAAGAGGAGGACUUCCUAGCCCAAACCCUAAUAAGGUCUAGCCGCGCUGCAAGCCGCGCACGGUCCGGUUCGCCGGAGGGUCGCAUCUCUUCGCAUGGCUAUCAUUUGGAAUUGAUGGAUGAGCGCCUCGUCGAUAAGUUGGACCACCGUGUCUCCUCGUCGUUGUACAAUGUCAAGCGUCAGCUGUCGACGCUCAACCAGAAGACAGUGGAAUUUUACGCAGAUUCCAGCAAGCAAACUGCCAUCGAAAUCGAACAAUUGAAUGCUCGCGUCGUUGAAGCCGAGACCCGCUUGAAGACCGAAGUUCAACGCAUCAAGAAGAAGUUGCAGGUGCAAAUCACCGAACUGGAGAUGUCCUUGGAUGUGGCCAAUAAGACCAACAUCGAUUUGCAAAAGGUUAUCAAGAAGCAGUCAUUGCAAUUGACCGAAUUGCAGGCCCACUACGAGGAUAUUCAACGCCAGUUGCAGGCCACUUUGGAUCAGUACAAUGUGGCUCAGCGCCGCUUGGCUGCACUCAACGGUGAACUGGAAGAAGUCCGCUCGCAUUUGGACAGCGCUACACGUGCUAAGCGCACGGUUGAAUUGCAGUACGAGGAGGCGCAGACCCGCAUCAAUGAACUGAGCAUCGUUAACGUCAACUUGGUGUCGUUGAAGUCGAAGUUGGAACAAGAAUUGUCGGUUGUCGCCGCUGAUUACGAGGAAGUCACCAAGGAAUUGAGAAUUAGCGACGAACGCUACCAGAAGGUUCAGGUUGAACUCAAGCACACAAUUGAGCAAGUGCAUGAAGAACAGGAGCGCAUUGUCAAAUUGGAAACCAUCAAGAAGUCGCUGGAAGUUGAAGUCAAGAACUUGGCCAUCCGUCUGGAAGAGGUUGAGAUUAACGCUGUUGCUGGCAGCAAGCGCAUCAUCAGCAAAUUGGAAGCCCGCGUCCGCGAUUUGGAAUUGGAGUUGGAGGAAGAGAAGAGGAGACACGCCGAAACCAUCAAGAUCUUGAGAAAGAAGGAGCGCACUGUCAAGGAAGUAUUGGUACAAUGCGAGGAAGAUCAGAAGAACAUCAUCUUGUUGCAGGAAGCUUUGGACAAGUCUACCGCCAAGGUUAACUUGUUCAAGCGCCAGCUGUCCGAACAGGAGGGUAUGUCUCAACAGUCCGUGACCCGCGUCCGCCGUUUCCAGCGUGAACUUGAAGCUGCCGAAGAUCGUGCCGAAUGUGCCGAGACCAACUUGAACAUGAUCCGCGCCAAGCACCGCACAUUCGUCACCACCUCCACAAUUCCCGGCUCCCAGGUUUACAUUCAGGAGACAACAAGAACGAUCACCGAAUAAAUAAUUCACAACAGUUGCAAAAACAACUGAACACAUUUUUAUUGUAAUUUAAAGAUUAUGAAGUAACGGAAAUCCCGGCAACAACAACAACAACUAUAUAGCAAACAACUGCAUUGGAAUGAAAGGGAGAAAAAAUACAAAAAAAAAAAAAAAAUGAGACCAACAACAACCACGACAACUGCUUCGGUUUUCAAGCGCGAACUUUCUAAUGAGCGAAGUUCGCAGAAACUCCCACAACGCAGCCGUUUAUGUAUUUUUAAAUUAAACAAAUGAACAACAAAUAAACCAUCUAAACUAAACUAUGUCCUAUUUAAUUUACAAUUAAUUUUUGUUACCAGUCAACUUUUUUGUUAAAAGAAUAUUAAAACCC